CCCCUCCCAUCCCCAACCCCCAUUUAACCCGCACCCCUUCUGCUCCGGCUUGUCCACUGUCUCUUUUGUCUCCUCCCGGGCUCACCAAACCGCAAUCAUGAGCGGCCUACGGUUCCUCGAUCUUGUCAAGCCUUUUGUGCCUCUCGUCCCCGAGAUUUCGCUCCCGGAAAGCAAGGUCCCCUUCAACAACCGCCUAGUAUGGACGGGCCUCACCCUCCUCGUCUUCCUCGUCAUGAGCCAGAUGCCGCUGUACGGAAUCGUCUCGUCAGAUAACUCGGAUCCGCUGUACUGGCUGCGUAUGAUGUUGGCCAGUAACAGAGGAACGCUGAUGGAGCUGGGUAUCACCCCGAUCAUCUCGUCGGGCAUGGUCUUCCAGCUUCUCGCCGGAACCCACCUGAUCGACGUUAACCUCGACCUCAAGUCGGACCGCGAGCUCUACCAGACCGCCCAGAAGCUCCUCGCCAUCCUCCUCUCUUUCGGCCAGUCCGUCGUCUUCGUCAUCUCCGGUCUCUACGGACAGCCCUCCGACCUCGGCGCCGGUAUCUGCGUGCUCCUCGUUGUGCAGCUCAUGAUCGCCGGUCUCAUCGUCAUUCUCCUCGAUGAGCUGCUCCAAAAGGGCUACGGUCUCGGCAGCGGCAUCUCGCUCUUCAUUGCCACCAACAUCUGCGAGUCCAUCAUGUGGAAGGCCUUCUCGCCCACCACCAUCAACACCGGCCGUGGCCCCGAGUUCGAGGGUGCCAUCAUCGCCCUUGUGCACCUGCUCUUCACCUGGCCCAACAAGACCGUCGCUCUCCGCGAGGCCUUCUACCGCCAGAACCUGCCAAACGUCAUGAACUUGAUUGCCACCGUCAUUGUUUUCGGAGCCGUCAUCUACCUCCAGGGCUUCCGUGUCGAGAUCCCCGUCAAGUCUGCCCGCCAGCGUGGUGUCCGCGGCUCGUACCCCGUCCGCCUGUUCUACACCUCCAACAUGCCCAUUAUGCUACAGUCUGCUCUGUCCUCCAACGUCUUCUUGAUCAGCCAGAUGCUCUACUCUCGCUUCGCCGACAACCUCCUUGUCCGCCUUCUUGGUGUGUGGGAGCCGCGUGAGGGUUCUGCUCAGCUUUUCGCUACCUCCGGCGUUGCCUACUACAUGUCUCCCCCUCUCAGCAUCACCGAGGCUCUCUCAGACCCGCUCAAGACCGCCGUCUUCAUCGUCUACAUGCUCGUCGCUUGCGCCGUCUUUUCCAAGACCUGGAUCGAGGUCUCUGGAUCUUCUCCCCGCGAUGUCGCCAAGCAGCUCAAGGAACAGGGUCUUGUGAUGGCUGGCCACCGUGAGGAGUCCAUGUACAAGGAGCUCAAGCGCGUCAUUCCCACUGCCGCCGCCUUCGGCGGUGCUUGCAUUGGUGCCCUUUCCGUCGCCAGCGACCUCCUCGGCGCUCUGGGCAGCGGAACUGGUAUUCUCCUGGCUGUCACCAUCAUCUACGGAUACUUUGAGAUUGCCGCCAAGGAGGGCGACAUGGCUGGCCUCAAGGGUAUGGUCAUGGGCUAGAUAUUGUCUAAUUCAGGAUCUGAAGAAGACAAGGCUGGAUUGGUUGACAUUUCUUAUGCAUGAGUUGGGGUUGGGAUCGAACGGGUUGUU